AAGCGAGUCUUGGUGGCCUGCAGAUUGCAGAAUAGGACAUAAUGUUAUACAUUUUAAUUAGCAUGCCAUGUUUACGCGUACCGGCAACGUGAGCGGUGCUAAAAUAUGGGUCCAAGAGUCGUAUCACAAUGGGCGAUUUUGUGUCAGUGUGUUUUUGUUGUUUGCGCUAAAAUUUUUGAUGUGCAACCCGAUUUCGUAAAAACGUGCAUGAUUACAAAAACCAGAGAAGAAUUUGUGAACUGUUCCACACACGCUGUUCAAAUUCUAUUCAAUGAAAUACCAAAAGGCGUAGAGCACAUAGGUUUGCAAGUUUUGGAUCCUUUACAUGUUCCUUAUGUAAAAAUUCUUCAAGGAGGCGGUGGUCCAGUUACGGUAAAUGCCUCUCUAACAGAUGUAUCGGUAAUAGGCUUUGGAAACACAAAAAUUGUAUUAAACACCGUCGAUCCUGAUACAUAUGAUUUUUUUACUAAGCUACAUUUACCUCGAAUGAGAAUUGAUGGUAAUUAUGAGCUUCUCGGUAGAAUUUUGGUCAUACCUUUGAGGGGAAAAGGUGUUUGUUGGUUUGAUGCAAAGGACCUCGACAUAGCUGUAAAGUCUGAUGUUAAAAUGGAAACACGAGAUGGUUUUGAUUUCUUCAAAGUAACUGCUGUUCAUGUGAAAUUUACAAUUGGCGGCCUCAAACUUUAUAUGGGUAACUUAUUUGAUGGAAUCAAAGCUCUAGAGGACUCAACAAAUGCUUAUCUCAAUGCCAAUUGGCGUCCAGUUGCAGAAUCUUUGAAUCCAAUUUUAGCGAAAACCAUCGAAGACAUAAUGUUGGAAAUUUUACAAAAAGUAUUCGACAAUAUCCCUGCCAACUUCUUUAUUGGCGAUAUUGCGGACAAUGAUAAAAGACGAGGAAAAAAAUUACAAUAACACAAAGAUAUUAAAAACAAUAAGACUAUAAACACAAACAUCAUACUCAUGUACUUUGUAUAAUAAUUAUUACGAAUUCCUGUUAUGAAUUCGUAUAUACCUCUAAAGGCACUUCUGGCUUCUCAUUAGCAGACAUAAAUUCUCCCUAACGAUGAUCUCAACGUAAUCAAUUUUCG